AUGGAGUUCCUCGUGCACAACAUCUCGCACUCGGACCUCCUCGUAGAGCUCUCGUGGCUACGCACCGACAGCGCCGACGUCCCCACCAGCAACAGCAGCAACAGCAACAGCAAUAGCAAUCGCCACACGGGUCCCAGCACUCCGUCGUCACCGACCGUCGACGUCGACGGCACGGCCGUUCCCCUCACGAUCUUGGGCCGCCCCAAGUACAGUCUCGUGCAGCCCACGAGUCGGCAGAUCCUCGCGCACCUGCAGCACCACACGGCCGACGCGACGGCGCCGGACGACCGCUGGACCGCCCGCUGCCGCGCGACGCAGCUGCCGAUCGGCUUCAACUUGGCGGCCGCACCCAUUGCGGUCCGCUCGUCGGCGCUGUGGAACGACUUUCAGCUCCGCGGCGAGCGCGCGACGACGUCGCGCGUCGCGCGCUAUUGGGACCGCGUGGCCAUUACGGCCGUCUACUUCCCACUGCUGGCGCUGCUGCUGCCCAAGUGGCGCCACGUGCUCGAGGCGGUCGACGCGACGCGCAGGGCCCAACUCGUCUACUUGAUCAGCGGCGCAGGAAUCCCGCGCGACGUGGGGCCGUUGGCCGAUGUUGGCACGGGCAAUUCGACAGAGGCCACGGGCGCGCUCCUCGCGCUGUUUGGGCGCGCGUUCUAUGGCCACUUGACCGUCGUGCAGCUGCACUCGGGCUCGAACAUCUUUCGCUUCGACGACAAUGUGCAGUUCAUGACGCGCGAGCUGCGGCCGCUGCUCGACGCGCACCGCGAGACGCUCGUGGACCGCUUUGGCGACCAGUGGCAAGCGCAGUUCCACGUGACGAUCGCCUACGCCGACGGACCGCCAGCGCGUCUGAGUGCGCUGAACGCUGCGCUGCGGCUCUACCGCCCGUCGUACCUGCACAUGUGGCAGCUCAAGACGUUUUGGCGCGACGCGCGCCUGUCGCUCGCGGACGUGGACUUUCACGCGUUCGAGCACAUUGAGGCGUCGCCGGUCGUGGCGCUGCGCCACGUCGACGCGCUCACGCAGCGCAUUGUGGCCGAGAUGCAGACGUUCCGCGACCAGUUCCUCGCGGCCGACGUCGUCGGCCAGGGCGAAGUCGCGAGCUUUUGGCUCCGCAAGUCGCGCAAACCCGUGCUGGCCGUGCUGCUCGUGGAGCAGCGGGCGACCGCCGCGGGCGCGCGGCCGACGCUCGUCGUGCAGCGCGGCAUGAACUGCGAAGUGUCGAUGCCCACGGGUUCGCUCUGUGCCGAGCGCAAUGCCAUUGGCAGUGCGCUGGCGAGCGACCCGACGUUGACGCGGCGGGCGCUCAAGAUGAUUGCUGUGCUGGGCCUGACGCUCCGUGGCGACGGUGUGCCGGACGCCCAUCGCAUCAUCACGAACGGAUCGAGUGCAGUAUCCGCUAUUGAGAGCGGAGACGAGAGCGAGGAGCGACUGCAAGGAUUGACGGAGGACAGAGCACUGCUGGCCGCGUCGGGUCGCACGGACGCGACGGGGGACACGUCGAGCGCACAGCGACUGGGCAGCGUAACAAGCGGCGCACGUGAAGGCGGUGGGUCGCGGAAGCACCGGCUCGAGCCGUUGGUAGAUACGGGUGCGAAGCGGCCACGUUGCCGGUCGUUCCCGUGCGACGAGUCGGUCGCGGACGGUCGGACGGAGGACAGUGCGCUGGUCGAUCGGAACCCAUUGGCGCCGUGCGGCGCGUGCAACGAGUGGCUCGUGAAGAUCGCCGAAGCGAACCCGUCGUUCCGCGUGAUUACGUUUGCCAACGCGCGCUGUCAGAGUAUCUAUGUGAAUCAGAUCAUUUGA